CAACGGCCGCCCCGCCCAGCGCGGAGCGCCGGCGCCGGGUUCCCUUCUGUCGCGCGGCUCUAUAGUUCCGGCUGUUGGCGCACGGGCGGAAAGUUUAUGCCGACGGCCUGUGUCCGGCGAUGGGCGCGGGGCGCUGCUUCCGGCUGCCUCGCUCUGAGGCGCGCGCCCCGAGCCCCGCGGAACCCGCACCGUUUCGCCUUCUGCCAGGUCCCCCUCCGCCCGGUCUUUCCGUGAAAGACUUCCGGAUCUCAUAUUUUCUUGACUGAUUCUUAAGCGUUUCUCUGUUUAUAGCUGUCUGUUUGCAUUCUGAUUGGGAACACUGGAAUCAUUUUCAUCAUGCCAACAGUGGUGGUAAUGGAUGUAUCCCUUUCCAUGACCCGACCUGUGUCUAUUGAGGGGUCUGAGGAAUACCAGCGUAAGCACCUAGCAGCCCAUGGUUUGACGAUGCUGUUUGAACACAUGGCCACAAAUUACAAGCUUGAAUUUACAGCACUUGUGGUUUUUUCAUCACUUUGGGAGUUGAUGGUCCCCUUCACGAGAGAUUAUAAUACCCUACAGGAAGCACUAAGUAAUAUGGAUGAUUAUGACAAAACCUGCUUGGAGUCUGCAUUAGUUGGCGUUUGCAAUAUCGUUCAGCAAGAAUGGGGUGGUGCAAUUCCUUGCCAGGUUGUCCUGGUAACAGAUGGCUGUCUUGGCAUUGGUAGAGGGUCAUUACGACAUUCCCUAGCUACUCAAAAUCAACGAAGUGAGAGCAACAGGUUUCCACUACCUUUUCCUUUCCCAUCUAAGUUAUAUAUCAUGUGCAUGGCAAAUUUGGAGGAGCUCCAGAGCACCGAUUCCUUGGAAUACCUUGAACGUCUCAUAGAUUUAAACAACGGUGAAGGGCAGAUUUUUACUAUUGAUGGUCCCCUGUGCUUGAAGAAUGUACAGUCUAUGUUUGGAAAACUGAUAGAUCUGGCAUAUACACCUUUUCAUGCUGUUCUCAAGUGUGGCCACCUAACUGCUGAUGUACAAGUCUUCCCCAGGCCAGAACCUUUUGUUGUAGAUGAAGAAAUUGAUCCUAUUCCUAAAGUCAUUAACACAGAUUUGGAAAUAGUGGGAUUUAUUGAUAUAGCUGAUAUUUCAAGUCCCCCAGUUCUGUCCAGACAUCUGGUCUUACCGAUAGCACUUAACAAAGAAGGUGAUGAGGUGGGUACUGGCAUCACUGAUGACAAUGAAGAUGAAAAUUCAGCCAAUCAGAUUGCCGGCAAAAUACCCAACUUCUGUGUCCUGCUCCAUGGUAGUCUGAAAGUAGAAGGAAUGGUAGCGAUUGUUCAAUUAGGUCCUGAAUGGCAUGGAAUGCUCUACUCCCAAGCUGACAGCAAGAAGAAAUCAAACCUCAUGAUGUCUCUCUUUGAGCCUGGCCCAGAACCUCUCCCAUGGCUAGGGAAAAUGGCACAGUUGGGUCCUAUUUCAGAUGCUAAAGAAAACCCUUAUGGCGAGGAUGACAAUAAGAGCCCAUUCCCCCUGCAGCCCAAAAACAAGCGCAGUUAUGCCCAGAAUGUGACUGUCUGGAUCAAACCCAGUGGCCUGCAGACAGAUGUACAGAAGAUUUUGAGAAAUGCAAGGAAACUACCUGAAAAAACACAGACAUUCUAUAAGGAGCUGAACCGUUUACGAAAGGCCGCUCUAGCCUUUGGUUUCUUGGACCUGCUGAAAGGGGUGGCUGACAUGCUGGAACGGGAAUGCACACUGCUGCCCGAAACAGCCCACCCUGAUGCUGCAUUCCAGCUGACCCACGCAGCCCAGCAGCUCAAGCUGGCCAGUACCGGCACCUGUGAGUAUGCCGCUUAUGACCAGAACAUCACACCUUUGCAUACGGACUUCUCUGGGAGCAGCACUGAAAGAAUGUGAAACUGACUUUUGGAGUGCUCCUUUUUUCAUUUCAACUGAAAAUGAUGUAGAGUAAAAACCUUUCCAGUAUGUUCACCUCUGGGAUAGCCACCCAGAGACCUUCCUGAGGCUGCCUCAGAAGCACCGACUCCACUAGCGUGAGAAGGAUGUGAAGGUGGUUGGCUGAUCGGGCUUUAACUUCCUGGGACUCACAGUUUUUAAGCUUGGAAGAUAACUGCUGUUCCCAUGAUGGGCACAUUUCCUGAGAAGCUUGAAUGGCUGAUGAGCAUAGAGUACCCCUGCCUUCCUCAGGAAACCGGCAAGGGCUCUCUGGCUUUCCGAAAGCAUCGCCUGUUCUCUCCAGUUUCUAUCUCAACUGUUAAGGGCGUUCAUGGAAUGAGCACCUCAGACUGUCUGGAGGUUGCCGAGUACACACCACCACUUUCAGAACUUUCCGCAGAACUUGGGCAAAAUGUGGUGGUAAUUCUUAGAGGCUUCUGGUAUCUCUUGAGAUUCUAACUUUUAAAGGACAACCAUUAAUGUGUAAAAUGAGUCCUGUUUCUUCAAGGUUUUUGUUUUUUUUUUUUAAAUGAAAAUAUUUGAUUUUCUA